AUGUCAGUAUAAAGAGGUUUAAACGGACGAAGAGGUCAUUGAGAAAUUAAAGUAUGGGCUCAAAACUAGGAGUGAUGAAAAAUAAAGAGGACAAGAAAAAUUAUGAAAGAGAUGGUGAGUGUGAUAUUCCUCAUGAUCUCAUGAGGGAGAUAUUACUGAGACUUCCAGCGAAAUCAUUGCUAAGGUUUCGAUGUGUAUCAAAGUUAUGGUUCUCUACCACUACAGAUCCAAGUUUCAUUAAUUCGUUCGCCACUCAGUCAUCAACUCGUCCGUAUCUUGAACUCUGUUUUACAAAAGAGGACAACUGGUUAUUUUUCUCAUUAGUGCAAAAGUCUUUAUCUCAUCAUCAUAUGGACCAUAUCACCCUCCCAAAAGAAGACCGGUUCAUCAAUGAUUUUGAGUCCAUACUUGGCUUGAUCUCCUUCCAAUAUUUAAAUUAUUUUGUGAUCUGGAAUCCUACCAUAAGACAACAUGUAACCAUACCCAAACCCAAAGAUUCAUGGCAUACAAGAAGCUAUUUAGGAUAUGAUCCUAUUGGAGAUACAUAUAAGCUACUUUGUAUGUCAAAUACUUCUAAUUCCAGACCUCAAGUUCUUACAUUAGGAGCUCAAGAAUCAUGGAGAUUGAUCAAAAACAGUCCUAUGCAUUACAAGACGAAUAAUGGAAAAUACAUCAACGGGUUCAUCUUUUAUGAAGCGUAUUUACGAUAUGAAUAUUAUGGAACUCUUGUUGAUCGUGGAUGUCCUUCGUAUAUUUAUCGCGAAGGUCUAGAUAGAAAAACCAUAAUGCGUUUUGAUGUGAGGUCUGAGGAGUUUAAACCAAUCCAAAUGCCCCCGCAUUUUAGUCACAAAACAAGGCAUGCUCUGGUAAAUUACGAGGGCAAAGUGGCACGUAUUUGUCAAGAAUCAUCUUUUAUAAUUUUAUGGAUCCUUGAAGAUGUUGACAAAGAAAAAUGGUCAUACAAAGAGUUCCAUGUGCCUUUUCCCCCAGAAGAUCCAAUUGAAGCAUAUGACUAUAGUAUAAAUAUAUUAUCACAACAAAACGAGAACUACAUUCUAAAUGGUAUCCAUGAUGACACUGGUGAAUUAGUGAAAUAUAUUCUAAGUGGUAUUAAUGAUGACACUGGUGAAUUUAUUUUCAUACCAUUAACAAUGUGGUGUGGUGACAAAGAGGCGUAUGUCUUUUGUUAUGAUCCAAAGAAAAAAUGUACGAGGAAGAUCAGAUUUGAAGGAACUGGGUACGUUGACAAUUUUAAGCGUGGUUAUAAACUCAAACACUGGGUAUUUGCUUAUUGUUUCCCUAAUCAUAUUGAGAGUCUUGUGUCUCUCAACAACCUAACUUUCCCGCAUUAAAUAUUAGCUCUGUUCGUUUCAUCACCGCGGAACGCAGCGGUAGCGUCAUAAAAUUAAAGCUUUAACGACAACAACACAGAGCACAGAUGAACCAUGGCUGACUGAUUUUGCAGUCUUGCGGCAACAAACUGAAGAUAAAACGGACGCAGAAAAUAUCAGCGGCAUCGGCUUCUCAUUGCUUGUGUCUCUGGAAGUCCACCAGCGAUUACAGCUGCGUCAAAUUACUCUUAUUUUUGUCUCGUUUACCGUAUAUUAUUUUGCCGCUACCGCUGGAUGUGGCGUCUAUGAAACGAACAGACCUAUUUUAUGUGGAGUUAUUCUUCGGUUCACCUCAUAGGGCAGUGGCAGAGUCAGAACUAUUUUUAACUGGAGUUUUAAUAUGUAUAUAUUAUUAUUACAAAAAUAUUUUUUUUUACAAAUUUAAUGGAGACAUUUGAAAACUUAUACAUAAAUUAGUAGUCAAAUGCUAUAUUUUAACUAAAUAUUGUAAUAACUUAAGAAAAAAAUUGACUAAUUUUUUUUCUCCAAUUUGAGUGGGGUCAUCUGAUCCCACAAUCUCUUAUCUACUUUCCCUCGUAUCUUAGGGUGAAUUUCUAAGUUCAUUAAUCAAUAAAAUUUUAUUCUUUUAUUUUUGAUAUUUUUUUAAAAAAAAAUGUAUAUUGUCAAGUUAUAUUUAAAAAUAAAAAUAUGUGUAAGUGUAAAUAGACAGAAGUAUGUGUAGAUGUAAUUGUUUCUAUUAUUUUCCGGGUAUCAUGUAAAAUUAAUCUAAUCCUUGUUGGUAACUUGUUCCGAAACCGGUACACAAAUUAACCAGCAAAACCGGCUUUCUGAUAUUGAGACGGUUAAACCGUUUCUCUGGGCUUGACGCUCGAGAUCAAUUCUGCUAAGCGAAAACCAGACGACAGAAAAAAAAAAGAAAAAGAAAAGCAACACAAGAGGAGGAGAAAACUCGAAAACGAAGAAGACGAGAAAGCGAUACUCUCGUGCUACGAAUUCAAAUGAUUUGUUUUCCUUAGCAGAUCGAUCGCAAUUGAUCUAUCUCCGCCGCUGUUUUCGCCGUAAUUGACGGCGGUGUAUACAGUCUCUUUUGCUUGUGCGUGACAUCAACAGGAGAAGUCAUCUUAAGUAACGCCGUUUCUUUUGAUCGCGAUUGAGUUCAGCGUCGUUUCUUCUCCCAGAUUUUGCGUUUGUUGUUUAUCUCGAAUUCGUUUGUUCUGCGUCGAAGAGAUGUAAAAUGCUGGCGAAUUGGAACUUACGGUGUCAAAGGUUGCAUAGUAUAGAAAAACUAUAAAGUCUGGUUCAGAGAAGAAGUUUCCUCUCAGUGCAAAAGACUACAAGUUAAACGAAGAGAUUGGAGAUGGCGUUGGUGCCACCGUGUACAGAGCUUUGUGCAUACCGCUUAACGAGGAUGGGAUCAGGAGAGAGGUGCAAACAAUGAGUCUGAUCAACCAUCCAAAUUUGUUACAAGCUCAUUGCUCAUUUACCGCUGGCCACCACCUAUGGGUUGUGAUGCCUUACAUGGCUGGAGGAUCCUGUCUCCAUAUAAUAAAGUCUUCUUAUCAAGAUGGAUUUGAGGAGCCUAUUAUCGCUACUUUGCUCCGUGAGAGUCUGAAAGCUCUUGUGUAUCUUCAUGCUCAUGGACAUAUCCAUAGGGAUGCCAAGGCUGGAAACAUAUUAUUGGACUCCAACGGUGCGGUUAAGUUAGCAGACUUUGGAGUAUCAGCUUGCAUGUUCGAUACAGGGGAUAGACAACGUUCCAGAAAUACAUUCGUUGGGACUCCAUGCUGGGACUUUUUUUUUCUUCCAACUUUAGUAGUGCCAUGUUCUGCUGCCAUAUGUGAAUAUACAUCUUAGACAUUAUUUAUUUUACAUAGGAUGGCUCCUGAAGUCAUGCAGCAACUACAUGGAUAUGAUUUCAAAGCAGAUGUAUGGUCAUUUGGAAUAACGGCACUUGAACUGGCACAUGGUCAUGCCCCAUUUUCCAAGUAUCCGCCAAUGAAAGUAAACUUAUAAUGAUGCCAUUUUAUUUGUAUUAAUCAUCACUGCUCUCUGGUACUCAGUUUGUGUAUUUUCUUUUCUGGUAAUCAUCAAAACAAGAUCUUUAUAUC